AUGAAGGGUGCUCUGCUGACCGCAGCUGUGCUGCUCGGCUCUGCCCAGGGCGCAGUCCACAAGAUGAAGCUGCAGAAGGUCCCUCUCUCGGAACAGCUUGAGGCUGUUCCCCUCAACACCCAGCUCGAGCAGCUCGGCCAAAAAUACAUGGGCGUGCGCCCCCGACAGUCCCAUGCCAAUGCCGUGUUCAACGGCAUGGUUGCCGAGGUCAAGGGCAACCAUCCGGUGCCCAUCUCCAACUUCAUGAACGCACAGUACUUCUCCGAGAUCACAAUCGGGAGCCCCCCUCAGACCUUCAAGGUCGUCUUGGAUACGGGCAGCUCCAACCUGUGGGUUCCGUCGGUCGAAUGCGGCUCGAUCGCGUGCUACCUCCACACCAAGUACGACUCGUCCGCCUCGUCCACCUACAAGAAGAACGGGACCAACUUCGAGAUUCGGUACGGGUCCGGCAGCCUGAGCGGCUUUGUCUCUCAGGACACCAUGACCAUCGGCGACAUCACAAUUAAGGGCCAGGACUUCGCCGAGGCCACUAGCGAACCCGGUCUCGCCUUUGCCUUCGGUCGCUUCGAUGGUAUCUUGGGUCUCGGCUACGACACAAUCUCGGUCAACGGCAUUGUCCCGCCUUUCUACAAGAUGCUUGAGCAGAAGCUCAUCGACGAGCCUGUCUUCGCCUUUUACCUGGCGGACGAGAAGGGCCAAUCCGAAGUGGUCUUCGGCGGCGUCGACAGUGACAAGUACAAGGGCAAGAUCACCACCAUCCCCCUGAGGCGCAAGGCCUACUGGGAGGUGGACUUCGAUGCCAUCUCGUACGGCGACGACACGGCCGAGCUGGAGAACACCGGCGUUAUCCUGGAUACCGGUACUUCUCUGAUCGCUCUGCCCAGCCAGCUGGCCGAGAUGCUCAACGCCCAGAUCGGCGCCAAGAAGAAUUACGCUGGUCAGUACGCCAUCGACUGCAACAAGCGCGAUUCUCUCAAGGACGUCACUUUCAACCUGGCCGGUUACAACUUCACCCUCGGCCCCUACGACUACAUCCUCGAGGUCAGCGGCAGCUGCAUCUCCACAUUCAUGGGCAUGGACUUCCCGGAGCCGACCGGGCCGCUUGCCAUCCUCGGUGAUGCCUUCCUCCGGAGGUAUUACUCCAUCUACGACCUCGGCGCCAACACCGUGGGUUUGGCUGAGGCGAAGUAA